AUGGUCUCUGAACAGAACCCAACGACAACAGCAAAAAACUGGUUGAAAUCAAAACUAACAAGCUUAAAACGAACGGCAAACUUUACAUUUUCUGAAGAUGUUUUCAUUUCAAUUUUACUUUGUCUGGUGUCGGGUGACAAACACUUGAUUCUGACAAGUAGACAGGAGGAACUUGAAGACUUACGAACAAUGACAGAACAGAUAUUCCCUCACAUUUUUGGCCUGUCUUGCUCAACUAUCACUUGCGAUAUUACGCAAACACCCACAGAUUUUACUACGUGCCUGUUUAAUCGACCCAGAGAAGAGAACCCUCCAGGUAAUGGCGAUGGUGGAAUAACAAUAGAAGAGUCAACAAUCCACAGCCGUAUAACUUCCCAAAAAUCUCUAAGAUCAAUUCGAACAAUAAAUUCUACAUACUCAACUGAUAACGGUAAAAAAUCGAAUAAAAAGGCCCCCGCAAAGCGCCGGUCAAAUUAUUCACACAUUUCUACGCAUUCCACCACCUCGAACCACACCACCAAAGACUCAUUAUCGUCUGAUUUCACGGAUGGACUCGUCACUGAGGAGCCACAGACAAUUGUGGGGACUGAGUAUGAUGAAUCGGUACCUCCGAUAUUGGUUGUGGAUAAUAACCAUAACGGUCAUAAUAAUAAUGGAAAAGGAGGAGGAAAUGACGUGUCUGAAAAGUUGUUUUUUUGUGUGGGUUCUGUGGCUGCUGCUAUUCGAAUCGAAUCUAAUCUGUUAAUGGGAUGGAGCAUAGUCAAAGGAAUGGACCAAGCCGAUGGGUAG